AUGCGAGCUGCCCGCGUCGUCUUCGCCCUUCUGGCCGCGCUGGCGCUGCCAGCCGUGCAGGCCGAGACGUGCUGCGCCGUCUGCCUAGGCACGCUCGGCCCGGCCACGUACGACGUCACUGACUUCAACCAGUGCAGCGGCAAGCAGCCCGGCUGCUGCUUUAACUGCGCGCCCGACGCGACGAUCUCGAGCCCUGCGUUCCAAGCCACGAUGGCCGCCGGGACGUGGCAAACCGUGACGUGGUCCGAGCCCACGAAGGUGACCAAGGUGGAUCUCGUUGGCACGGCGUCCACUGCGGCCCACCCACGGCCACAGCCCAAGGGCGUUCAAGUCGAGAAGGACGCCAAGGGCAACUACAUCUUAUGCCUCGAUAGCGCCGGUGUGAUCCUUUUCCGAGGCUUCGGAAAGGACCCGACGGGCGCGGCCUGCCAGCAGAUGUCGAGCGAGCUUUCCAUUACGGUCACGGCCGGUGCGGCCGGCGCGACGUGCGCCUCGAAGAAGCCGACGUCGUCGGGCUCGGGCAGCAGCGCGGGUGGCGGCAACAGCACCGCGAAGCCCAAGGUCACAGACCCGCCUUGCAACCUGCAGCGUGGCUUUGUCAACAAAGACAACGUGUGCGAAUGCACGUCCGACUACUCGGGCCCGCCCGAGUGCAGCGGCCAAGCCACGUGGAAGCUCCUCGUGUCGAUUGCCGGUGGCGUGGCAGCGCUGUUUUCCAUUGCCAUUUCGGUGCGGCAGUUCAUGCUCUUCCGGAAGCGCAAGGAAGAGGAGCGGUUGCUGGCGACACAGCAGGAGCGUGCGAGCAAGGACGAAGUCGAGGUCAUGGCCAUCUCGUCCGGCCCCGACUACUACGACGCCAAGCGCACGCCCAACAACGGCCAAAACCAGCGCGCCGCAGCGACCAAGUCGCCGGUGCCCAUGAAGCCGUAUCCUGUGGACAGCCACCACAACAUGUCGCCCCGGCAAAGCCGCGAGUACACGCUCUAG